AUGAGAAGUUUAAUAUCAUCAGCUGUAUCGUGCUCAGAUGAUCAAGAUACUUAUUACAACGACAAUAGUUGCGAUUUGGGACAAUCAAAACAACUAAACGCCACCAACAUUGUAACUGAUAAUGAAAUUUAUUCUUAUAAUUCAACUCCUCAUAAUUCUUUUAAAGAUUCUGACAAUGGGCAAAUUAAACUAUCUUUAAAAGAUUGGACAGAACUGGUAAAAGAAAAAGAUUAUAUUGAUCUAAAGUAUCCCUAUUCAAUUGGUAGCGCUCAUUAUGUUGGUGUUUCUCAAUCUCUAUUGGUUGAACUUCAAUGUACCUAUGAUAUCUUGGUUUUUAAUUGUGAUACCAAAGUACCACUUUUGCCUGCCUCUAUGGCAUUGACUCAGUCUCAUAUCAAAUUCUCUAGUUCUCCUGUUGAUACACCAACCGAAACUGAUGAUUCAAGUUGUAUGGCUGCCGAAGAAGGUGCACUUAAAUUCUUUCCAAACCAAACAGGUCGAUACAUUGUCACUUUGGUUGUCCUUUCAAAUUAUUUGUCAAACAAGAGAAAUGGCUUUGGUUUCUCUACACCAAUCUCAACCUCUAAUCAAAUAUCCAUUACCGUUCCACGUCAAGUACAAAUUAAAGUAGAUCCUUCGGCCAAUCACCAAGAAGAAAUCACAACAGAUCCCACAUCAUCAAAUAGAUCAACCAUUUCCUCUUCUCGUUUUCCUCCAACCUCUUAUAUUAAAGUUCAAUGGACAGAAUUGGAACAUGACUUGACUCUUGGUAGUCCUACACCAACACCAGUAGGUGAUAGCUUACCGAGCGCAGCACAAACAUUUGCUUCCCUCCUCUCUAAAGGAUCAGUUCCAAACAAAGCAACCGUUCAACAAUACAGUUUAUGCACUGUUGGUGAAGGUGUUGUACUAUUCAAAAAUAGUAUCAAAUACACUCUGGUUAGUGGAAGUUUAUCUACUUUUGAGAUUAUAGUUGGUAAUGCACUCAAUAUUCAAUCAGUAGAUGGUUUGGAUAUUAAAAAAUGGGAAGCAUAUCCUGUUGUACCAGAUUCAAGCAGUGAAUCCAACACCAAGGUGACAGAUCAUUUGGUAAAGGUGUCUUUAAACUCUCCAGUUGAAUCGACCUACACCCUCUCUAUCGUGUCAGAGAUUAUCAUGAACGGAACAAGUGACAAUAUCGUUAUUCCAAGUGUAAGAUGUAGAGGAAAAGAAAUUAGUAGAGAAAUUGGAUUCCUUGUUGUAGAGUCUACUGCCAACGUUCAAGUUGAUCAAGUGUCUAGGGAAUCACUCACAAGAAUUGACAAAACCGAGGUACCUUCUUCCCUUCUCAAACAAACUACAGGACCUAUCCUCUUGUCUUAUAAAUUCUUGGAUCCCAAUUAUAAAAUUGGUCUAAACAUUACAAAACAUACAGAUCUUCAAGUACUGGUAUCAGUAAUUGAAAGUGCACAUUUUAUUUCUACAUUAUCAUCUGAGGGUUCACUUUUAAAGAAAUUAGUAUUUUUAGUUAGAAACACUCAACAACAAUACAUUAGAAUUAAAAUCCCUCAUCAAUUUGAAAUUUGGUCAACAAUUGUUGCCAAUAAUGCAGUUAAACCUGCUCUAGAUGAAACUGGUACAGUAAUGAUCCCAUUAAACAAAUCAACUGGAUUAGAAAAAGGUAUUCAGAAUACAUUUACAGUAGAAUUGGUAUACAAACACAAAGAGGAUGUGAAAUUGUCGAAAAAUGGUGGUAAUCUUAGAAUCACCUUCCCAGUUGUAGAUAUUCCAAUUAGCAACCUCUAUGUUUCUUUGUAUCUACCAAGCAACUAUUAUUAUGGUGACACCACAAAGAGUAAUAUUAAAGAGGUGUCCCAUUUCACUAGAGCCCCACCAAAAGGGCUCUCUCUAGCUCGUGGACGUGUUGCUCAAGGCAUGCCUCCACCACAAUCUCAACUCGCCAAUGUAAAUCAUUUUGAUAAAAAUGAUGAUGAUGGAGAUGGAGAGGAUUUGGCAGGUGGACAAGACAAUGAUAAUACCGCUGGAUUAAAACCUGUAAUUGUCAACAUUCCAACAACUGGAACCCAAAUCAAACUUCACCAACUAUUGGUCCUAUCAAAGGAGAUUGAAAUCACUUGUAAAUACAACAGCCACAGUAAAGUUGGAAAAUGGCUCUUGGAUCAAUUACAAGCACUCUUGUGGAGAUUUUCAGAUUUCAUGCCACCUACUCGUUACAUUAGGUUCUCGGUUAUAAUUCUCUUUAUUGCAAUGUUUGUUAAAUUCAGUUGGUUUAUUAUUCAAAAAAUAAUAAAUUAA